UUAUCUGUAUAUGGAUUCUAAAAAUGAUUAGAAACACAAGUUUACCAGACCAAAUGGUUAAUACUCAAAAACUAUAAACAAUUAAUAAGGUUUCAAUCGAGAAGAGCCAUAAAAAUCUAAUUUGUAGUAGUAAUAACAACAACAUUCUUAUUAAUAAACGUAAACACAAGCAUCGAAAGUGGCUCCAAUGACUGAAAUUGAGAAAAUCAAGAAAGUAUAAUUAUUUAUAUGAUUCUAGGAAAAUGCUAUGCUCAAGUCUGAAUUACUUAUCACUAAAGAAUAACUCAAAAGUCUUACAGAAAAUUAUUAAAACCUCUAAUAGAGAUAUCACGAAUUGUAAAGUUAAGUCAAGUACCCACCUGAAGAAUUAUUGCUCCUCGAAAUGUAAAGACAAAUGAAACAUCAAUAAUAUUAUGAAUUUAUACAAGAGGCAAUGAUGCCAUAAAGAUAGUUUUAAACAGAUGGAAUGACCUACGAAGAAUUAUUAGAGUUACAAAAUUAAGUAGGUCACGUAUCAAGAGGAUUAACUAAAGAAUAGAUAAAGAAAAUACCAAAAAGAACAGUAUAUCUCAAAUAGAAAGAUGGGUAUUAAUAAUUUAAUGUAUUUUAGAUGUUCAAUAUGUUAUAAUGAGAUAGUGACACACGAAAACAUUAGAGAACUUAAGUGUAAACACUAUUAUCAUUCAAAAUGUAUUAAGAAGUGGUUGAUGAACGAAAAGAAAUGUCCAAUUUGUUAGACUGAAGUAUGCAUCUGAAAUUAUAUACAUAUAUAUAUUUAUUAUGAUUGAAUUCUAG